AUGGUACUAUUGAAUGCAGAUGGAUAUGAUCCGUUGGAUCCUUUUGGUAACAUCACCAUCACAUGGGAUUUCUUGUCCGAUAACGAAGACACUAUCGAUGUGAAGGUAUCAAUACACAAUUUCCAACUAUUUCGCCACGUGGAAGAACCUGGUUGGAAAUUGGGUUGGACAUGGAGAGGUCAUGAAGUGAUUUUGGCAAUGUUUGGAGCAGAGGCAAUGGAACAAGGAAAUUGCACAUUAUUUAGAGGACAAGAUAAACCUCAUUGUUGUAAGAAAGAGCCAGUUAUUAUUGAUCUCAUGCCUGGUGCACCAUACAACAUGCAAUCUGCCAAUUGUUGUAAAGGAGGGGUCUUAACAUCAUUGACACAAGAUGUUACCAAACAUGUUGCAUCCUUUCAGAUGAAUUAUAUGAAAUCAUCAACCUCAAUUUCAGGUAGUAAUUUUAGUAUGCCUGAGAAUUUUACACUAGGUCUUCCUGGUUAUAGCUGUGCCAAACCAUUUGAAGUUCCACCAACCAAAUUUACCAAAAAUGGACAUAGGUGGCUGCAAGUCCUAGAAACUUGGAACGUGACAUGUACUUACUCACCGUUUUUAACAUCAUAUACCCCAAAAUGUUGUGUCUCCUUCUCUGCAUUCUACCAUAGCGACAUUGUUCCUUGCCCUUUAUGCAGCUGUAAUUGCCAAGGACAACCAAGAGCAGAUUGCAUAGAUUCUUAUAAGACUUCAGUGUUGAAACUUCCACAAGCAAAUGAUGCAGAACCAGUUGUGAGGUGUUCACAUCACAUGUGUCCUAUACGCGUUCAUUGGCAUGUAAAACAAAGUUAUAGAGAGUAUUGGAGGGUCAAGAUCACAAUCACAAAUCUAAACAUCAUAAAAAACUAUUCUCAAUGGAAUUUGGUUGUUUUACAUCCCAAUUUGCGAAAUUUAACACAAGUUUUUAGUUUCAACUACCAACCUUUGCCAACUUAUGGAAAUUUCAAUGAUACAGGGAUAUUUUGGGGCCUAAAAUACUACAAUGACUUGCUGCUAGCACAUGGAGAGGAUGGGAAUGUGCAAACAGAGUUGUUACUAAACAAAGAUCAAGGAGAGUUCACCUUUAAAGAAGGAUGGACUUUUCCGAGAAAGAUUUCGUUUAAUGGAGAUGAAUGUGUUAUGCCAUCUCCUGACCAUUAUCCAAGGCUUCCCAAUUCAUCUCAUAUUGCUACCAAAAGCCCUCUCAUGUGUUUGUUCUUGAUGUUACUAUUAACAAUAUUGUUCUUAUAAUUUGAGUGAAAGGAUGAUAGUUUAAUAGUAUUUCAUAUUGUGUGAAUUUUCUACAAUCUUAGUAGAAUCUCAUUGCAUAAAGUAGUAUAGAUAGAUAGAUAGUUAGAUAUUCGUAGAAGGA